AUGAUGACCAAUGCGUCAGUAGAUUCCACUAUGGAUUGCCAAUGUGAACAGUCAAUACCAACAGUACUUCACCGUGAAACAAAUGUCACGGAUAUGGCCGAUGCUGCUAAUGAAUCGGUGGUUAAAACAUUACAUGAGACAGAUCAAGAGACUGAUGAUAAACAACUUGAAAGACAGAUGAAGAAUUCAUCACAAGCAAAACGGCAGCGAGAGCAAAAAACUGAUGAUGAACAACUUGAACAGCAAGUGAAGAACGCUUUUCGUCAGCGUCGCCGUCGUCAACGAAGCCCAUCUUUAUAUGCAAUUGCACUUCGAGAUGAAUUUCCUGCUGAAAGCUAUCAUGGAAGAAUUGGAUAA